UGGGACUACGUGGGUGGGCCUCCAAUUCUGGCUGCCUUUCAGCAACUCUUGGGACACUUAUCCAUCCUGUGCACACAGCUUUCCAGCCUACUAGAAGCUUGCUUUGUAUACAAAUCAUUACCUGUUAAAAAGGACAGGUCAGGGUUACGUAAAUGUUCAUGCUCCACCCUCCAGUGUGUCCACCAAUCAAGCAGAGGAAGGCACUCUGGGCCAGCUGGAGUCUCUGAUUGUCACACUCCUUCCACUUUGAUCUACUACCAACACUAAAUCAGAGGUGAGAAAUUAACUUUCUCUUUCACGAAGCAGAUCUGCUAUCACUCCGGCUGUGUGGGGAACUAUGUCUUUAGUGAAAAACAAGGAGACCCAAGCUGGAUGACCUCUUGGAAGGUUCAGACAAAGAGGGUUUCUCUAAGGAUUUAAUGACAAAGAAUACAUAAAGCAUCAAAGCACAAUGUUUGGCACAUAGAGAUGCCCAGAAAAUGAUGCUGGAUUAGUCUGCAUGGAAAUCCCAAGUGCUAAAACAUCCACCAACACUGAUGCUAGUUAGCACUUGUCACCAUGGCGAUGCUACUUCAUGCUAAGUGUUUUCAGCGUCUAGCAAUUACUGGUUCUGUGAGAGUCUUGUAUAAAGAGUAUAGAACAGCAACCCCUCAGAACUUUUCUAACUAUGAGUCCAUGAAGCAGGACUUCAAAAUAGAGAUUCCAGAGUAUUUCAAUUUUGCAAAAGAUGUCCUGGACCAAUGGAGCAGUGUGGAAAAGGCUGGAAAGAGACUUUCCAACCCAGCCUUCUGGUGGAUAGAUGGAAAUGGAGGAGAAGUGAGGUGGAGUUUUGAAGAACUUGGAUCUUUAUCCAGGAAACUUGCCAACAUACUCACAGAAGCCUGUUCCUUGCAAAGGGGAGACAGAGUAAUGGUGCUUCUGCCCAAGAUCCCAGAGUGGUGGCUUGCAAAUGUGGCCUGUCUGCGAACAGGGACGGUUUUAAUCCCAGGAACCACUCAGCUGACCCAGAAAGACAUCCUCUACAGACUACAGUCUUCAAAAGCCAAGUGCAUUAUUACUGAUGAUGCUUUAGCCCCAGCAGUAGAUACUGUGGCAGCUAAAUGUGAAAAUCUCAGCUCCAAACUAAUUGUGUCUCAGCACUCCAGAGAAGGGUGGGGGAACCUCAAGGAGAUGAUGAAAUAUGCCAGUGACAACCAUACCUGUGUGAACACGAAGCACAAUGAGAUGAUGUCCAUUUACUUCACCAGUGGGACAACUGGGCCUCCUAAGAUGAUCGGACACACCCACAGCAGUUUUGGUUUAGGAUUAUCUGUCAAUGGAAGGUUCUGGCUGGAUUUGACAGACUCGGACGUGAUGUGGAAUACUUCAGACACAGGCUGGGCAAAGUCUGCAUGGAGUAGUGUUUUUUCUCCAUGGAACCAAGGAGCAUGUGUGUUUGUACACUAUUUGCCCCGUUUUGAGUCAGCUUCCAUCUUUCAAACCCUCUCUGAGUUCCCCAUCACCGUCUUCUGUUCUGCGCCAACUGCCUAUCGGAUGCUCGUACAGAAUGGUACAACCAGCUAUAAGUUCAAAAGUCUGAAGCACUGUGUGAGUGCUGGGGAACCGAUCAACCCUGAAGUGAUGGAACAAUGGAGAAGGAAGACAGGCCUAGACAUCUACGAAGGAUAUGGGCAGACAGAAACGGUGCUAAUCUGCGGAAAUUUCAAAGGGAUGAAAAUUAAGCCUGGCUCAAUGGGAAAGCCUUCUCCUGCUUUUGAUGUGAAGAUUUUAGAUGAAAAUGGCACUAUUCUUCCUCCUGGACAAGAAGGGGAUAUUGGUAUUCAAGUUCUUCCUGAUCGACCAUUUGGCCUUUUUACUCAUUAUAUAGAUAAUCCUUCAAAAACAGCCUCAACUCUACGAGGGAAUUUCUACCUCACUGGGGACAGAGGAUAUGUGGAUAAAGAUGGCUACUUCUGGUUUGUUGCAAGAUCAGAUGAUGUUAUACUAUCCUCUGGCUACCGAAUUGGACCAUUUGAGGUAGAAAGUGCUCUACAAGAGCAUCCUUCCAUUGCAGAGUCAGCUGUUGUCAGCAGCCCAGAUCCCAUCAGAGGAGAGGUAGUAAAAGCUUUUAUUGUUCUGAAUCCUGAUUACAAGUCACAUGAUCGAGAACAACUGAAAAAGGAGAUUCAGGAGCAUGUAAAAAAGACUACAGCGCCAUACAAAUACCCCAGAAAGGUAGGCAUCCCUGGUACAACUGUAUCUGUUCAGUGCUUUGGAAAAUUUUUCAGCUGUUUGUUUUUUUCCUUUCAAAUGACCUUUCUCCUUAAAUAUGCUACACAAGAGGUUCCAAAUAGAACUAAUGAUAAUAGAUAAUCAAAACUUUUGAGGUUAAACUGAAGCCCCUAAUAUAAUUCCGUCAAUUAGCUUAUAAUACUAAAGAAAAACUUCAACCAUCCUUUCACCUAGAAGCCAAAAGGGCUAUUAAAUAAUUGGCAUGAACUAAAGCGUCCAAGCGCUGGACUAAUUUCUUUCCUCCUUUUAAUGCCAACAGAUAGAAUUUAUUGAAGAGCUGCCAAAGACUGUCAGUGGGAAGGUCAAAAGAAAUGAACUAAGGAAAAAAGAAUGGAAAACCAUUUAAACUUAUCCACUAAUCGUCCGAAUAUCUAUAAACAAACAAAGUGUCUACAAGUCUGCAGGAACCACCGGUUAUAUGGGCAGGUUGCUUCUAAACUGGAUUUAAAGUAUUUUGUAGUAAUGACAUCAGAGACUGAAUUCUGAAAUCAAACAGUCAAUCCUUAUACUUUCAUGUAAAUGUUCCUGUAAUUUGGCAACAUAAAACAAUGUCAUUGGUUGCUGAGAUGUUUUAAAAUCUAUUUCAGGAGCAGUUUCCAAAGCAAAUCUCUGCCUCACUGGUUUUCAAAACUUAACUGAAUAAUUCUAAUAUGUUAAUAUACAAAUCAGAACAAAUCUUCAAGCUUUGAAAAAACUAAGUGACUUGUUUUUAGAAAAUCGUCAUAAUUCUUAGAAUAUUUACCUGAAAUUUGAGUAAGGGUUUUGUUAGUCCUAUUUUUAUUCAAGUAAUUUGAAAGUAGUUUGAAAUUUGCUUCAAGGUCUAUCUAUAAGAGACAGCUGUCAAGCACUAUGGCUACUUAGUAAAUUUAACCUAAUAAAUGGUUUAUAAAAGUA